CUGUCUCGCGCCGUCCUGCUAGAUGACCCAGAAUAACACGAGCUAACAAAUCGACCCCCGACAUAGCUAAAAAUUCUGAGCCCCUGUAAAGUGCUGGGCCAUCUGAAUCUGCCUGGCUAUCCACGUCCCUAUUGCGCCCCCUGCUGACCACACCUUAACAUCCUUUUUGUCGUUGUAGCAUUUUGCUAACUGUAAACAGCCCGGCCUGCCUCGCAUGCCGAACGUUUCUCCGCAGCGCCAGCCUGCCGGCAGCUGAGUGCUCCCGCUUUGCGUGGCCUCCUGCUGAGUGGAGCCUGAGAGCAUCAUUCCUUGCUGUUUAGAGUUUACUUUGCAUGCAGGCCUUAAUUAGUGCCGUUUUGGUGGAAAAAUGAAGCUCACCGCUGGUGCUCUCACUUGCACACAGGCCAACCAGUACACAGGAUGUAAAUAAAUAUGCAUGAGACUACUUGGGGCAGACAAGUGACAUAAGUGUGACAUCAAUAUUUAUAAGGCUACCUGAUGCUAAGGACCGUCUAAAUGACCCUCCGAACGGUUACAUCAGUGGUAUCUGCAAGCCAUAAUCAAAGGUUUGAAGAGUUUCUUUCAUUCUUCAAAGUCAGUGUGAGUCAAUAGCCCAUCAAAAGAAACGAACAGAUGACAAAGCCUAGCUUUUUGUAUCUUUCUUUAUUUUGUUUAGCUAGUAAGCUAGUUACAGUUAAUCGGAGAGUCUUUGAAUUAUUUGAGCUUCGCUCGAAAAACACAAGAAUAAUUUUUUGAUUCGGACUGAGAUACAGGUUAGUGCACGCAGUGUUUAUUUUCAGUGAGACAUAAAGCAGAGAUAUAAAGGAAUACAGGCCUUAAAUGUUUUGUCUGUGAGGGAAUCUAUCAUUUUGGUUUAUUUCAGACGCUGGCAAGACUGAAGCUCUGAAAUGGUCAGUGCGAUAAUGUUCAAGGUGAUCAGACAGCGAUGCAGUUAAUAAGAAGGGAUUUUUAAGGGAUUGCUGAUGUGAGUCAAGGUUCAAGGUACUUUGUUGUCAUCAGCAGCUGUGUAUACAUACAAAGUGUGACGAGACAGUCUUUCUCAAAGGACCGGGGUGCAACAUUCAUCGACAUAAAACAAAAAUACAAUGUGCACUCGAGCAAAAAUAACACUAAACAGCGUGGCAAUAUGCAAUAUAGGGUGAUGGGGCGUUGGGGUAUUUCAGUCCACAUAAAUCUAAAUAUGACCGGCGUGGUGUGAGGUUGAGACUCGUGUAUCACUGGCUGAUCGCACGUGACAGCGAUGUACUCACUAAGCAGGACUAAGCUGUUGUUGAGAGUCUGUGGGAAGUGACCCCAGAAAAAGUAAUGAACCAUCCUUGGACAGGACUCACGGUGGCAGUCAGUGGCGUAUUUUGUAGGAGUCGCGGGCCCUCAGGGGUGACGGAAUAUGAUAAUGGGACUUAACCUGAUUACAUCCUGGUGACUUUAGCAUCAUGCUAGUUAGCAAUGCCGUCACUCAGUAUCUUUAUUUCCCAGAAGUCAAAGCGCUGUAUGUCUCCUCAGGAAUAGCCUGACUUGGGGCAGGGUUUGCGGUGUCCAUUGUUUUCCAUCUGGCUGCAUCCUGCUUGAAACCAGCUUGGUUCAGCAAUGUGUAUAAUGGGGGGGGGGCAAUUCAACAAGGUUGCUCAGAAUAAGGAGACGGCAUAGGGGGCUGGUUGAGCUGCAUGUACCUUCCCUUGGCCUUGCGUGACCCUCCCACGUCACAAGUGGCCAGAGAACGUCGCAGAAGCACCUGCAAAACUGCUGCCUUUGCAGCCUGAUGCGCCGUUGAUGUUGCUGUCUUCGUCAACACCGCUGUGAAAUAAAACAGGUAUCCCAUUCAGAUGCCACGACAAGGGUGUUACGGUGACAUGGAUGGGUACCCCGGAGUGAGGAAUUAUGGGACGCAGGACCCCGAGGAGCUGUUUGACGUGUACUGCUACGUGGAAAACAUAGACGGUGAGGUGUUCCAUAGCUCUGUCCCACAGCGCUUCACACUGGAUCAGGCCAAAGCCUUCUGCGAGAACGCAGGUGCUGAGCUGGCCACCACUGGUCAGCUAUACGCAGCCUGGAACGACGGCCUGGAUCACUGCAACCCGGGCUGGCUGGCGGAUGGCAGUGUGCGCUACCCCAUCGUCAACCCUAGGGAUCGGUGUGGAGGCAACCAGCCCGGGGUCAAAACCAUCUAUCGCCACAGUAACCAGACGGGCUUCCCUGAGCCGCACAGUCUGCAUGACGCGUACUGCUUCAGAGGCAACGGAAGUCCUCACACCGAUUCUCCCAUGGAUUACUUCGCCACUGAGCCGGAAGACAUAGGCCAGUACAUAGUGACCUUAAUGGAGCCUCUUGAGGAGAUCAGCCUAGGUCAAGUGACAGAACAACAAGAGAGAGAGGCCCAGGGUGCACUGGAGUCGUUCUCAGUACGUGGUGGUAGGCAGGGACCCUCCACUACCAUGGCCUCCAGCGGUAAUCUGCCCUCCUUUGGUGAUUCUAAGUCCCAAGUCACCCCAUUAUCCAAUCCCCAGAGUUUACAACCCACUAGUGACACCUGGGUUCCUGUACAGGAGACUAAGAUCCACAUACAGCACCAGGUCCCACAGGAAGUUCAUUUGGACUCUCAUGAGUCAGUCCUUGCCGCUGGAACACCGGGAGACAAUCCCAAGCAUUAUCAGCCCACGCCCGUCACGAACCCGGAAGCCGAUGACUUUUCUGAAGAAUAUCACAGGCUUGAUAAAAGCACACCAGCCAUCACCCUGGAGGUCCCAGUGCCCACCUCAGUGACUGAAUAUUCAGGAGACUCUACGCAUGAUCAAGGCAUGCCUGAGACAAAUGCAGAACCCAAUCAUGCUUUUGUGACCCCUGAUAGCAACACAAUCAUAAAGCUAGAAGAAGACACGGAGGGGCCCACUGCAAAUUCUCCUGUUCCCACAACAAACACUGGUGCAUCAGGGAGUGAAACCACCUUGCUUGCUAGCAUCCCAGAUGUACAUUCAGAAAGUGGGGCACCCACCUUUUUGUAUAGCCCCUCAGAGAGCUCUCCGCAGCAACAGGAGACCACCACUGCAUCAGGCUACCUAUCGGCCUCAUUUGCAGUCAACAAUACACAAGAGUUGGAGGAGAUGGUAGCAGGAGGAAUUGAGGGAACAUCUACUGCUCUUGAUUCCCAAGCAGGUAACCUGACUGAAGGCCAUGCUGCAGCUGAGAGACCUGAGGAGGUCGGAUCUGGUGAUGUAAUCGGGCCAGACGGGAUUCCAGCUUCCCUAUUCACCUCCCCUACCCCUGUCAGUGUGUCCCAUCUCACCUCCCAAAGUGUACCAGGACCCAGUGAGCCUGGUGAACUCGAGGCCCAUCGUCCAGAGACCAUUGUCCCACCUGGGUAUGGGCACCAAGAUGACCUAGAGAAGUAUGCCAUGGACCCCACAGUGGCAGAUGUGCAGGAGUCUCCAGAGGGCAGUGUUGUGCAGGAGUCUCCAGAGGGCAGUGUUGUGCAGGAGUCUCCAGAGGGCAGUGUUGAGCAGGAGUCUCCAGAGGGCAGUGUUGUGCAGGAGUCUCCAGAGGGCAGUGUUGUGCAGGAGUCUCCAGAGGGCAGUGUUGAGCAGGAGUCUCCAGAGGGCAGUGUUGUGCAGGAGUCUCCAGAGGGCAGUGUUGUGCAGGAGUCUCCAGAGGGCAGUGUUGUGCAGGAGUCUCCAGAGGGCAGUGUUGAGCAGGAAUUUCCAGAGGGCAGUGUUGUGCAGGGGUCUCCAGAGGGCAGUGUUGUACAGGAGUCUCCAGAGGGCAGUGUUGAGCAUGAGUCAGUUGGUGAUCAGCUGGAGUCUACGAGCCAACCCAAUCAGUUUGAUGGCAGCACCACACAUUCAAGGGAAUCCACAGAGGCACAUUCAGUCUCUGGUGAAGGCCCUAAUAAUACUGAAUCUCUACAUCUGUUUGCAUUGCCAACAUCACUCAUUGAUUCUGAAGUGGAAACCAACAAAUCGACCAACAGCUCGGAUGCAGAAUCCCCUUCCUCUGACCACAUGGAGGAUGAGGGACCUCAGUUGCUUACUGAAGUUCCAUUCCAAGAUGUUGUGGUGACAUUGCUACCUAAAGAAGCCCAAACCCUCGGCUGGGACAUGCAGCCAUCCACUGCCACACCACAGGAAUCACAUGCCGAUGUGGAAUACAGUGGUGAUCAUCUGGCCAGCAGGCUGGAUCUGCUUCCAGAGAGCUCUGUGGAACCCAGCCUCUUGACCGAGAUUAAGCAGGACUCCCUGGUCACCGUCACCAGUUACCCCACUUCCGCUGCAGCCAGUUCUGCAGAAUGGCACUUCGAGCCCCCAGGCCAAUCCACUACCCAUCUACCCCAAGGAUCCAUUAACCAAGAAGAGCAUCUAUCGGAAGACCUGCCCAAUGCGUCUGCCCCCCCGCUCAUAAUGGACACGUACAAGACUGAGAUUGAGUUUGCAGCCACCCGGGUUCCCACCUUGGGGAGCCUGCCCAAUGAAAAGUCCAUGGUGGGGAGGGCCAAGAAUGUCUCAGACCCCUGCCUGGAAAACCCCUGUUCCAACGGGGGCACCUGCGUAGAAGAGAAGGGGUCCGUCAAGUGCCUCUGUCUGCCCACCUACGGGGGAGAGCUUUGCCAGACGGAUAUGGAGCGCUGUCAGGCCGGCUGGGACAAGUUCCAGGGCUUCUGCUACAAGCACUUCUCGGGCAGGCAGAGCUGGGAGGCGGCAGAGCAGCAGUGUCGCCUUUUCGGCGCCCAUCUGAUCUCCAUCAUGACACCUGAGGAGCAGGACUUCAUUAACGAUAACUACAAGGAGUACCAGUGGACUGGACUGAAUGACAAAACCAUUGAGGGGGACUUCCGCUGGUCUGACAGCAACCCACUGCUCUAUGAGAACUGGUACAAAGGUCAGCCCGACAGCUACUUCCUGUCUGGGGAGGACUGUGUGGUGAUGGUGUGGCACGAUGGGGGGCGCUGGAGCGAUGUUCCCUGCAACUACCAUCUAUCCUACACUUGCAAGAGGGGUACCUCCUCCUGUGGCCAGCCACCAACCGUCCGCAAUGCCCGGGUGUUUACCAAGCUGCGCAACCGCUAUGAGACCAACUCGGCCGUCCGCUACUACUGCGUGGAAGGCUUCCUGCAGAGGCACAAUCCCGUGGUCAGGUGUCUGCCCAGCGGCAAGUGGGAGGAGCCUCAAAUUGUUUGUAUCGCCGCAUUCCCAGGUUCGGAGAGGCUAGAGCAAGCACCCUCCGGUGACGUCACAGGUCCGACCGCGGAUUCGGUGACGAAGAAGUCCGUCCUGGAAUACUUUGACAUCAAGUGGAAUUUUUGACCUUCUUCUCAGUCACCCUCAGCCCGCCCCCACCCUCAAAACCCAGCCUAGAAACAUCCCCUCCUUCAUGUCCUACACAUGCUGGACUCUGGUUUGUAAAGUAAUUGACCUCAAGGAGGCCCCCGCUCACCUGUUUCCGUACCGCCUCCCUCCCAACGUGCGCCUUCCAGUCAUGGUGGGCUGAUGGGGCUCAUUCAGGGUUGCCAUGGCAUUCUAGCAUUAAGGUCCAUUAAAUACAGUUGUCCGACUGCCAGACUGGUAAUGAUUCUUCGUGGGUUGCCAUACUGGAUGUACGCUUACCGGCAUUGUACUCACUCAUGUGUGAUCAUUUAUUUUUUUUUCUUUCCAAAUGUUUGUGUUUACAGCUUCAGUGACCUUGUGGGUUCAAGGCGAAACAGGACGGGUGGAGAUUCUGUCCUGAUUCUCCCAGCAGCCUUUGCUGCAGACAUAAGCUGGGCCCCUUGAAAUACUGCCUAAACCCAGUUCAUAUGUCAAACUAGAAAAUCACGAUGAGCCCCAGUCCUGUUGGUCACCCACCUUCCGGCACGGGCAUUUUAUUUUGUUAGUUAUUUUAGGUAUUUCACCGGCUUCGUCUUCCAUUAACUCCUUUAACAGAAGUCAGCCUCAGGGCCAAAACUGCGUUACCUUGCUUUACGUUUUGGACCAUAAUGUUAAGUCAUACUGGAUCUGUGCUGUGCUGUGCUGUGCUGUGCUGUGCUUGGUGUACAGUAUUAUUUACACUGGGAGCUUAUCAGGAGGACCAAAAGCCUGAUUCUGUCAUAGCUGUAGCAUGUCUCCUCUGUCAGCCCUCUUAUGUACCCUCUUACUGCCCACCCCCCAUACCCCCCCCCCCAAAAAUACCUGCCAACGAUCAGUGAUCCAUCUGCCCUCAGAAGAGGAAACCAGUGCCAAGAUUUGCAUUGUGACUCCAAAGCAAAAAUUCUUAAUAUGACUAAUGUUCAAAAUCUUCAUAAUAUAAAAAAAAAAAAAAAACUUAAAAAUGAGUUUAAUUUCAGUGAUGGAUUAAACUUUACCAGGCCUGAUAUUCAAGUAACCAGACAUUUUUAUAUUCACAGUACGCAGUAUAAUUGGGUCACGAAUAAAUUGUAUUAAUAAUUUCUCAAAAAAAAUCACAUUGACACAGUUCUAUGGAAAGCUUUAUGUUGUAAUAAAGUAACAUAGAAUAAAGUAACUCCUUUGCAUAAAUCAAUAGCCAAUGAACUCCAACGGAUUCACUUUUAAUUGUGGUACUGUUUGUAAUUGUAAACAACACAGAAAUGUUUAAAGUUCAUGUUUAAAUAGAUUUCAAACAACAUAAUAAUCAAUACUGCAUGUUGAAUUCAAAUGAAAACCAGCCGAAUUCUGCGUAAGUUAGUUAAUGUUCCAGCACUUGUCUGUAGCCCUGUUAUACAGUGUGACGAAUGUUUUUGUAAAGAGCCUUUUCUCAAUAUGCCUCCAUUAUGAAAUUUUUAAUAGUUUUUAAAAUAUUUUAAUAUUUUUAGAGAUGUGUACCUUAAAGCAUUGGUUUGUACUGGACAGUUAGUGUAUUACCUUACAAGUUAAUGUAUGGCCAUAUUAAUCCAUAGUACUUGCAUCUGCGACAUGUAAACUCUCUGUGCUGCCAUAAAAACCCAUUUUGAACAUUACAAUGGGGUGAAUUAUAUUUUCAAAAUGUAUCACCAAGGUGCUGACUACCCUGAACAGACAACGCUCCUGCAAUGCUAUGGGCUUUAUCGUGAGGCACGCUGACUCGCUAAGGUCGUGAAUUUGCAUUUUCAGACCUCUUAGGUAGAAGUUAGUACAUCCUGCCCAAAACAGCAUGAGGUAUAUAGUGUU